AUGAAUGAAAAGCAAUAUGCGAGGGCAAGUACGGGGUCGGUCAAGGUGUCGGAACGCGCGAGAUGGCCGCCCUUGACGCGGAUGUUGAUGUCGGGAGAGAUGAGUGCCCAGAGAUCCAGGGAGCUUAGCACACGGGAGAGAUUCGACAGGUGGAUGGUGAACGAGGGAUACAGGCGAUUCUUCGUCUUUGUGUUCGCGGCUAUCCAUGCCAUGGUCUUCGCUUUCGGUUUUAUGAAUUACCAGAUCAAGGACAACCUGUCGAUAGCCAGGCAGACAUUUGGCUUGACAUAUCCGAUAGCAAGAGCGGCCGCCUUGACUUUGCAUUUCGAUGUCGCCAUGAUUCUCUUUCCCGUCUGCAGGACGCUCAUCUCUCUGGGACGGCAAACGCCCCUGAACGGCAUUAUACAGUUCGACAAGAACAUCACUUUCCACAUGACAACUGCCUGGUCUAUCGUGUUCUUCUCCUGGCUACACGUCAUUUCCCAUUGGAACAACUUCGCUCAAAUCUCGGCAAAGAACAAUCUCGGGAUUGGAGGAUGGCUGCUCGCCAAUUUUGUCACGGGGCCAGGUUGGACCGGAUACAUCAUGUUGAUUGCGUUGAUGUCUAUGGUUGCCACCUCGGUCGAGAAGAUGCGUCGAGCCAACUUUGAGCGUUUCUGGUAUACUCAUCACAUGUUCGUCGUGUUCUUCUUUUUCUGGUCGAUCCACGGAGCCUACUGCAUGAUUCAGCCCGACUUUGCACCUUUCUGCGUGGGGCUCGGGUCUAGCGCCAUUGGGGUCUUUUGGCAAUACUGGAUGUACGGAGGAUACAUCUACCUGAUGGAGAGAAUUGCCCGCGAGGUCCGAGGAAAGCACAAGACCUACAUCUCAAAGGUCGUUCAGCAUCCCAGUCUGGUUUGCGAAAUUCAGAUCAAGAAGGAGAAUACCAAGACCAGAGCCGGGCAGUACAUCUUCUUCUGCUGUCCCGCGGUUUCCGUCUGGCAAUACCAUCCUUUCACCCUGACCUCGGCACCUGAAGAGGACUACAUUUCCAUCCACAUGAGGAUGCAAGGAGACUUUACCAAAGCUGUCGGCCGCACCCUCGGCUGCGAACUCGACAAGCCGAGAGGCGACAAGAAAGACGCCUCUCAAGUAGUCAGCGUCAACAAGAACGGCCCGGGAGCGGAAGGGGUCGACCCGGCUAUCCGCCGCAUCCUUCCCCGAGUCUACAUUGACGGGCCCUUCGGCUCCGCCUCUGAAGACGUCUUCAAGUACGAAGUCGCCAUGCUCGUGGGAGCAGGUAUCGGAGUUACCCCCUUCGCCUCCAUUUUGAAGUCCAUCUGGUACCGGAUGAACUACCCGCAAAAGAAGACCCGCCUCGCCAAAGUCUACUUCUUCUGGAUCUGUCGUGACUUCGGCUCCUUCGAGUGGUUCCGCUCUCUCCUUCUCGCCAUCGAGGCCCAGGAUAUGGACAACCGUAUUGAGAUCCACACUUACCUGACUGCCAAGAUCAAGGUUGACGACGCAACGAACAUCAUGAUCAACGAUGCGAACGCAGAUCGCGACGCAAUCACAGGUUUGAGGGCGCCGACGAACUUUGGCCGCCCGAACUGGGACAUGAUCUUUAAGAGUGUGCGCAAGAUUCAUAGUCCGUCUGAAGCGGGAGUGUUCUUCUGUGGACCGAAGGUGUUGGGGAGUGUGUUGCACAUCAAGUGUAAUAUGUAUACCGAGCCUGGAUUCGCGUUCCAAUGGGGUAAGGAGAAUUUCUAG